AUGUACGAAUCGCAGAUCACCUUGGUAAUGGACACCGUAUGUCCUUGGACAUACCUGGGAAAGAAGAGGCUUGAUGAGGCCCUUACUCAGUUCCGCUCCUCUCCCUCAUCAUCCUCAAUCUCUUUUGAUCUCCAAUUCUCAUCCUACCAGCCCAGUCCCAGCCGUCCUGAAACCAUCCCAGACCGCGCCGUACAUGCUCUCCAUGAGAAGCAUAAUAACAACGAAGAGGCGCAGAAGCUUUUCGAGGAACACAUGAUCUCGCUUGCAAAGCCGCUGAACAUCCCAAUCGCCUUCACAGGACCAACCGGUAAUUCAUUCCCAGCUCACCGGAUCAUUCAGCAAGUCCAGGAGACGCAUGGGGCAGAAGUAACCAACAAGCUUGUGGAUGCAUUGUUCAGACUGUACUUCGCUGAAGGAAGACAUCCUGGUGAAGACGAUAUGUUGGUCGAGGCUUGUGUCGAAGCUGGCCUAGUUGAGAAGGAGGCAAAUGACUUAGUCGGGGACAAAACAAAGGGUGAGAGGAAAACAAAAGAGGACAUUAGAAGUAUCGGCAUGGACAUCGACUCGGUCCCUACUGUCAUCAUUGAAGGACGAAGACGAGACUUGACGCUCACAGGAUUGAAAGAAGUAUCGGAAUAUGUCAAAGCAAUGGAGACAAUCAAGAAGGAAAGUACAUAA